AUGCAACCGUUGCAAGGCCUGCAAACCCGCUUGGCCGACUGGAAACAAAGCACAAAAGCAUUUCGCAGGAUGCGCGUAGAUAGCAGCGCACGCGAUCAUGCUACUGCGACAGUACAAGCGGCAGCGCCACGCGGCGCUGGCACGAUUGAGCUCGAGCCCUUGGACGAGAUCAUCCCCGAAACACUCAAGCGCGGUGAGCCGAUGCUCAAAGUGACGCCGAAAAAAGCCGCACAGCGUGUGUUUGCGGUAGAUACCGACCAGGCGUUUAUCGCGUGGGCGAGCAAGAGGAACAACAUCGUGCCGCUGUACGCGAUCCGCGACGUGCGCAUCGGCGCAAAUGCACGCACAUACCGCCAAGCACUGCACAUUGCUGACGAGCACGAGCCACGGUGGAUUUCGGUGAUUUAUCAAACGCCCAAAGCAUACAAAGCGGUGCACAUGGUGGCGCUUUCCGCCGAGUCCAUGCAGCGCUGGUGCGACGCAUUGCUCCGCGUGCUUGCGCAGCGGCUCGCGCUCCUUACCGGGCGUGCACAUCCUUCCAGCACGCAGUACCAUUGGCUGAAUGCGUCGUGGCGCGAUACAGAUACUGCGCUAGAUCUCGGUGGGGUCCAGCGGCUGUGUAGGCGAACCGGGAUCCAGUGCGGCAUGCGCGAACUACGCGCGCAUUUCGACGCCGCGGAUACCGAGCAUUGCGGCGUGCUGCAUUUCGCAUCCUUCCAACGUUUUGUCGCGGCACUCAAGCGCAGGACGGAUAUCGAGCAAAUAUUUGAGCGGGUCGCUGGCGGCGCGUCUGUGCUAUCCUCUGACGCAUUUUCGCGCUUCAUAGCUGAGGAGCAAGGCGAGGAUUGGGGUGCAGACGAGCAAGCGCGCGUAUAUGCGCGGUACAGCACAAAUGGCGACAUGCGCCUGGACGGAUUCCAUGCGUUUCUUCUCUCGACCGAUAAUCUCGCCGAGUCGAGCCCAAGCGGCCCGCUGCAGCAUCCAUUGACUGACUAUUUUAUCAGCUCGAGUCACAAUACGUACCUAGUCGGUGGGCAGUGGAAGGGCGACAGCACCGUGGAAGGCUACGUGCGUGCGCUGCAGCAAGGUGCGAAAAGCGUCGAACUCGACUGCUGGGACGGCCCCAACGGCCAGCCCCAAGUCACGCACGGCCGCACGCUCACGAGCCGUGUGCCUUUUGACGACGUUGUUGCCGCUGUCGCGCAGUAUGCGUUUGUUGCAUCACCGUACCCCCUGAUUCUGUCGCUUGAAGUACACAACGACGUGGCACAGCAGGAGCGCAUCGCACACAUCCUUACCGAGCGACUCGGCCACAUGCUCGUCACGUCGCGUGUUGCAGAGGAAGCGGACGACUGCCUGCCGAGCCCCGAGCAGCUGCGGCACAAGGUGCUGGUCAAGUGCAAGCACUGGCCGCUAAUUCACACGCUCGAGCAGCGUGGCGAGUUUGGGGACGACAUGUCGCUCUCCACUACCGACCACACCGAGUCCGAAGGCGACUCGUUUCUGGACCAAGCGCGUGGUUUGGUACGGCAGAUGCGGCGCCCGCUGCUCAAAGAGCCGCGCGAUUUUCCUGUGAUGUCGGAUAAACUGGUCCACUUGCUGGUCUACACCGUCGGCGUGCGGUUUCGCGGGAUCAACAAGAAGGAGCACUACGCGCCCGAGCACAUCUUCUCUUUGUCCGAGUACAAGGCAUUGCGGAUCAUUCGGCAGGGCAAUGCGGAUCUCGUAAAACACAAUGUCGUGCACCUCACGCGCGUUUACCCUUCGCUAAACAGCCUCAGCCGGCUGAACAACAGCGCCAACUUUCUUCCCCACACCAUGUGGGCGGCUGGGUGCCAGCUGGUCGCGCUGAACUGGCAGACACGCGAUCGGGGCAUGGAGAUGAACCAUGCGUUUUUUGCCGGCGGUGCAGGCUACCGACUCAAGCCGCCCGGGCUGCGUGUGCGCAGCACGCUGAAAAGCACAGGACAGGCCGUGCGGAUAACCAUUGCUCUCACGCUCAUCUCUGCACAGCAGCUUCCGAGCGGGCGCGACGACAACAUCGCACCCUACGUUACAUUCUCCGUCGAUGCGCCGGUGCAAUGGGGCAAGCACACACAGGUGCAAGUGGGCCAUGAAGACGAGCAUGUACGCUCGCCCGGCGCACUGCCGCGCACUGCCGCAGCGAGCGGCGGGUUAAUGCCCAGCUGGAAUACACAGUGCACCCUUCACAUUGACGUGCCCGCGACGCAGGGCACGGAGAAGAUACUGGAGCACCGCGGCACGAUUCCCCAAGUGACACACGGCCUCCUGGACCUAUGUUUUCUACGGUUCCAGGUGAUGGACGAGCAGCCGGGGAUGCCUGUGGCGCUUGGCUCCAGUAUGGUCAACCUCGGCCAGCUGCGCAGCGGCUACCGCCACAUUCCCUUGUACGAUACGCAACUCUCGCGACUCUUGUACUCCUCGCUGUUUAUGCAUAUACAGUAUACCCACGUAGAGCUAGUGAAUGGACGCUUUUAA